UUCGCAUAUGAAGCUGUACUCUCAUUUGCAUGUGCACGCAGAAUCUCUUGUCAUAGAAUACAGGGGUGUGUCCACUGACGCGUAAUGUCAACAGAAUAUACAGGCGACCUGUGGGCUCUGCAGCAGUCUAUAGGCGAGGUCGGUACAGACAUCGACGACAGUGAACAGGCUGACAUCGUAAACGGAUAUUCCAGACUGGCGAGUUGUGGUUCGGUGCACUGAUUCUGUGUGAGGUGAGCUAUAAGCAUGGCUGAAGCAGAGCCACAACCUUUCCACGUGGUCCCCGAUGACCCGGAUGAACGUCUCAAACAGGUUGUCGAUUUCUGGAACGAAGGAGAGAUGGAUUACCCAGCUGAACUUAACCCGUCUUUAAAAAAGCACUUUGAGCAGCUGACAGGCUCCAGGACCAAUCAGAAAGUACUCGUGACCCUAUGUGGAAAAGCUGAGGAUUUGAGAUGGUUAUCGGACAAAGGUCACUAUGUUGUGGGAGUGGACAUCGCAGAGAAAGCUGCCAGGGACUUCUUCUCGGAACAGAAGCUGGAGUACACAACAGAAGAAGUUCCGGGCAUCAAGGGGAAGGUGUUCACUAGCAAGACGGGCAAACUGAAAUAUUACUGUGGAAACUUCUUCACCUUUUCUCGGGACCUUGAAGGCCAGUUUGACGUCAUUUGGGAUGCCGCCGGAUUUGUCUCCCUUGACAAACGUGACUGGGAUAAAUAUCUAGCUGUGUGGCGGACAUUGCUAUCCCCGACGUGUGUUUUCUUCUUUGAGACAAUGGAUUAUGACAGAAAGAAAUUCAAAGGGCCACCCUAUUCCAUGGAACCGGACGAGAUCAAGAGCGUGUUUGGGUCUGAACUGCCAUGUUUGCAGCUAGUUGACACCCGGCCCAAUGAAGAAUGUGAAGGUUUCACUUUCAACUUUUAUUGUCUGCAAAGAAAGUGACUGAUUGUAACGCACUUUAAGUCAUUUUAUGUUGUGUUUCGUGGACAUUCUAUUGAUAAAGGAUAUCGCUGAAAAAAAGUGGUGAUUGGUCAAAUCAGACGGCAGGAAAAUCUGCAUUUGAUUAACGUAUAUGCAUAAAUAUACUAGACAAAAUAAGUUAGGGAUAUUGGUCUUUUCAUGAUUGAUAUUUUAUCAGUGUGUCAAUGAAUAAAUAGAUCAUUAUUCAUAAUUUCAAAAUUUCUGUCCUGUAUACAACGACAUUGGGAGAGUUAUCCAAACAAAUGUCAGGCAUAAGAGGAGAGGCCAUCGUUUUCUGUACAUUAGUGCAUCCGAAAUAAUGAGUGACCCAACUAAGAGUCAUAGAAGAAGAACAUAUUGUUUUUAUUUGUGUGUCACAUGUUAUAUAUAAAACAUACAUAGACACUUUAAAACACUUAUUCACACUUAAUCUUCUGACAACAGUGACCCUCUAAACCUUAUUAUUAUUCUCUGAAAAAAUAUAAUCGACAAAAA